ACGCGCAUCGCGCUCACGCCUCUUGAUCCACGCCAAAUCAUAUCCGCUACUUGUCUUCUCAUUCAACCAGUCGAGAGAUUGAUAGUGCCAGAGUGAGCGUACCUGCUCGUCGACGUAAGCUAUCGCCUGGUCACACGCGUUGCGCUUUGAGCGACCCUCCCCACCGGUCUUCGGAGUAAGGUACAACGAUGAGCACUCACUCAGCAACACCCGCCGCAUCAGCAUGGAGGCAGUUCAACUUUUUCGACAUCACUCCAGUGAAAGACGUUCACGACCUCGCUAGUUCGCCCGAGAUAUUCAAAAAAACGCCGGAGAUCUCAUGCAUUACUUCGACUCAACAUGGUACGAUCGUGGCAGACAUUCACGGGAGCGUAUAUCGGCUCAAUGAGGACUUCGAGACCGUCAACGCAUGGGUCGCGCACACAGGCGGGCGGGUGACACACAUGCUUGAGAGAAGUGGACUUUUGGUUACCAUAGGGGAAGAAGACACCGCCCGUCACCCAUUGCUGAAGAUAUGGGACUUGCAAACAACAGAGAAGAAAUCGGGUGCGCCGGUCCUUCUCCGCUCUGCUAAGGUUCAAAGCGGAAAUCGACCGCACCCUGUCUCUACUAUCGCAUUGACUGCCUCGCUUUCUCACCUCGCUAUCGGCCUUGCGGACGGCACUGUUCUGCUCUAUCGACAUCUCGACCAAUCCAUCUUUAACGGCUCGACCUCACUUACUGCGCUUCCAAAGGCACGUGUUGUGCUCGAGGGUUCGAGUGACCCGGUCACUGGCCUAGGUUUCCGCGAGUCUAACCGCGACAACCUCGACAUUCACCUCUUCAUUGUGACAACCAACCGUGUGCUCAUGUAUCAAGUGUCGGGCAAAGGGCAUGGAGGAACGCCUACCGCUGUUGAUGAGGUUGGCUGCGCGCUUGGCUGUGCCACAAUGGAUCAUGGCGCAAGGGAGAUCGUUGUCGCCAGAGAUGAGGCAAUCUAUCUGUGCGGUAUUGAAGGACGGGGCGCGUGCUAUGCAUACGAAGGGCACAAAUCUGCGGUGUAUGCGCAUCGCAAUUACUUAGUUAUCGUUUCACCGCCGUUCACGCCCACCGCAUCCGCGCCUUCCGCGACCGUUCGCAAUUUUGUCAGGGACAAUGAUAUUGGCGCAGAAAUUUCGAGGGUCGUCGUGUUCGAUCUAGAGAAUAAGUUUGUCGCCUACUCAGGGACGUAUACGGACGGUAUUCGAGACAUUUUCGCCGCAAGUGGACAGAUCUACUUACUAUCCAAUGACGGCAAGCUUCUCCGUCUAGAAGAGAAGCCGACCCCUGAAAAACUCGAGUUGCUGUACCGCAAGUCGCAAUACUUACUCGCGCUGAGCCUGGCAAAGACACAGGGCUUGGAUGAGCAAAACGUUGCCGAUAUCCGGAAGCAGUACGGCGACCAUCUGUACGCGAAAGGCGAGUACGAUUCAGCGAUGCAACAGUUCGUACAAACAAUUAGUUACGUGCAACCGAGCUAUGUCGUUCGCAAGUUUCUCGACGCUCAACGUAUUCACAAUCUUGUCAUGUAUCUGCAAGAACUGCAUAAUCGCGGGCUUGCUAAUGCGGACCACACGACGCUUCUGCUAAACACGUACACGAAGCUCAAGGACGUCACGCGGCUUGACAGCUUUAUCAAGAGCGAAUCGCGCCGUACAUCCGCAGACAGUGACGCAGAUGAGUUGCCGUUCGACCUCGAUACGGCGAUUCGCGUUUGCCGCCAGGCAGGCUACUUUGAGCAUGCAUCGUACCUAGCGGAGAAGUACGAGCGGCACGAAGACUAUUUGCAGAUUAUGGUCGAGGACGCGGGCAAUUACCGCGAAGCAUUGACGUACUUACGGAGACUUGGAACCGAGGCGGCCGAAGGAAAUCUGGCGCGGUAUGGCCGCGCCCUCUUGGAUAAUCUUCCCGAGGAGACUACUGCUCUUCUUAUCGAUCUCUGUACAAGCCUGACACCCUUGGCCAUCAACGAUGAGGACUCACCACCUGCGUCGGCUCGCCAGUCUAGUGUUGGUGGGCCGUCGUACUUGUCAUAUCUUGCGCUGAACAGAGGGUCGGCGGCUAGUGCAUCGUCAGAGACUGCACAGCCAUCGACGGCCUCGACUACCACCACCGUCAAGGCUCCUGCGCCAAGACGGCAAGGGUCCGUGAACGUAUCCGACGCUAGCCCUUCCUCUCAGCCAUCCCGCACUGCGACGCCGACUGUGGCCAAGUCGGCUCGGCACCAGGUAAUCAAGCGCCCAUCACCUCGAGUGUACUUCGCGCAUUUCAUCGACCAUCCGGUAAACUUCCUAAACUUCCUCGAGCAGGUCGCGCUGCUGCGGUGGGGCCGAAGUGUAAACAGUAAAGAGGGCGUUCCGACUGUUGUUGAGUCCGACCUGAAUGCCGACCCAGAGGUGGAGCGGCGCGACCAAGCAGCGGUAUGGAACACUCUGCUCGAGCUUUACCUCGUGGAUACGCCGGACAAGGCACUGCGGGUGUUGCAACGAGAUGAUCUUCCAUACGACCACACCCACGCGCUCAUUCUGUGCUCAACGCGUGGCUUCACACCUGGCCUCGUCCUGCUUUGGGAGAAGCUUGGCAUGUUCGAGGAUGUUCUCCGCUUCCACAUGGACCGCGAGCGCGAAGAUCCGACGUCAGGUGGGUCCAAGGAUGUUAUACACUGCCUCGAUAAGUACGGUGCUCAGCAGCCGGGCUUGUACCCGCUCGUGUUACGCUUUCUGACGUCUUCACCGGAGCUACUUGGGCGCCACACGGACGACCUCGGCCGAAUCCUCGAACAUAUUGAGUCAGAGAAGAUCAUGCCGCCGCUCGCGGUCGUGCAAGUCCUUAGCCGGAACAAUGUUGCGAGCGUUGGGCUCGUGAAGCAGUGGCUGUUAUCGCGCAUCAAGAGCGCACGCGCGGAAAUUGACAUGGACCAGAAGCUCAUCGACUCGUAUCGUACGGAAACGAAGGCGAAGCUCAAGCAGGUUGAAGAUCUAUCUGACCCCGAGCACCCGCGAGUGUUCCAUGUCACUCAGUGCUCGGCUUGCGGUGGACAACUCGAUUUACCUAGUCUCCAUUUCAUGUGCAAUCACAGCUACCAUCAACGGUGUUUGGGCGAGCACGAAACCGAGUGUCCAAACUGCGCUCGGCAGCGCAGCAUCAUCCGCGAAAUUCGGCGCAAUAACGUGCGGCUUGCGGAUCAGCACGAUGUAUUCUUAUCCGAGGUUAAAGAGGGUGGCUAUGCGGCCGUGGCGGCGGGAUUUGGUCGUGGCGUACUCAACAUGUCGCGGCUUGAAGAGAUCGCAAGUUAACUUGUCUGGUCAGUUAACUUGUCUGGUCCUGACUCUCACACAUACCUUCUGCCGGAUACCCUUCAAUUGGUGCACCUGCUAAUAGAAUUAGGCAAUUAUCUACGCUCGUCUCGAGUGCGGAGAUGCUAUGUUAUGCCCGACAAUAACUACAUGUUAAGGUACAUUGUGGCGGUGUUGCCUGUGUUUAGUCCGGUAUUUAAGAGCGGUAUUGGCAAUUACAGUAUUACAACGAUUGAAGGACACCCACGAGGCUCUCCUAAGAAGCGCGAAUAGAGCGGAGGAAACACUCAAGUCCACGAAAGGCACAGAGACGACGAGCUAACGGCUGGCCGGAGAGAAGGGCGUCGCCGGCGUCUGUGGGCGCUUUUCCUUUUCCUUGCGCCCGAACCCGAGCAUCGGCGCUGUGAAGCUCAGCUUCCUCGUGGCUCGUUUCGCAGGCUUCGUCGCACCUGUCGACGAGGCCAUAGUGCUUACGCUCUCGCUGAGUGUGCUCGACGUCCCGUUUGAGGCCGAAAUUCCGAGGCUCGAAGGUGGGGCCGACAUUGAUGCCGACGCGUGCGAAGUGUGCGGCCGCUGCGUUUUUGGCGCGCCCGAAUGAUGUGCCAGUCCGUUUGGUGUGCUGCCUGGGCUUGACAUCACAUGCGACAACGGCAUCGUGUGUGAGGAUGGCAAUGGCGGUAGCGGUGGCGCGGCCUCCGACUUUGGCCGUUCGAUCGCGCCACCAGCGGUCGAGGGCCGUUGUCUUGAGCUGCGCCUGUCGGAUUUUUCAGACAGUACGAACGGCUCCACCGCCGAGUUCUUGCCUUCCUGGACCGUUCUCAGUGCAGGAGACGCUGCUUGCAUAGGAGAGGCGAUAGACGCGGGUAUGGACGUCGAGAUGGGUAUGGUUGGCUGGCUCAUCAGCCCGGCCUCGGAUGCUGUUCGGCUUGCACGUUUGGAAGGCUUGUACCAUGGAACGCUAUUGUCGUCAUGCCCCUGUCCCGCCGCCGACAAGCUUCGCUCUGCGAGAUGGCUGGAACUACUAGGUGGUGGCUUGUCCGAACGAAGGCUCUUGCGCUUGAACCAGUUGCCUGGGCUCUUCUCCUUCUCCUUGCCGUUCGGGACGACUGCAUUCAUCAGAGGAGACGGGACAGGAACCACUGGCGACGGAGUCGAGCCGGCAAAGCGAGUGUCAGCGGUCGACGACCGCGGGGUUGACGGAAUGGGUAUUGGGGGGACUGGUGGGACCUCUACAAUGCUUUUACGAUGUUCUGACCCGUUGGUGGAUGGAGGGGGGCUGCGCAAAGCUCGGAAGCUGAUUGACGGUGAGUGCCUGAGAGUGCCGAAGAAGCCUUUGUUGCCUGUCGCCCCAGGGGUAGACGGUACCGUCGGCGACACAUUUGCGGUGUCCAUGCUAGUGCGAGCAACAGGGAUAUUCAAAGACAGCACCAGCUGGGGCUGUGGGAUCGGCUGCGGUUCUGCUGUGGUGAAGGGCGAUAUGAACGUAGGCGGCGAUGGAUCGGAACGGGACGAUGGGGUUUGCUGGUCGUCAGGUGUGAGACCCGGGGGUAAUGCAGGCGAUGGGUUGAGAGACUCGUCCUCCUCAUGAGUAGUCGCCAGUGUCGCAGUCUGGCUCGCUGACGAGUCGGCAGGUGCGUUGGUCGAGGCUGCCGCGGACUCCGACUGUGGUGGAUGCAGACCCAAUGCGGACGGGUCGAGAUCAACGGCUUGAUAGUACAGCACAUAUGCUGCGCCAGCGUUUGAAUCACCAAAGUAUCGCAGGAUGUCAGACUCCUUGAUAGCCUCGACACUGUCGUCGUCGAAUAGGAACCAGGUGCCGCGUGCUUUCACAACACUUACGUAGUGACCAUGGUGGGGACCGUUGCCAAUGUGUACAACGAUAGCAAAGAGCUCGUACAGUCGGUCCGGAUUCUGCGCAUCAUCCACGGUAUUAAAGAGGCGCAGCUCGAGGGGAAAGGCGACGCGGUACGCGAGCUUGAUGUACUUGCCGACGUCUUCUUGGUACUUGAAACGCUUGAGAUGCAACGCGAGGACGUUCGGUAACUUUUUGAUCUUCAUUCGCUUCUCGGCCUCCUGAAGAUCGCAGCAGGCGUCGCAAAAAAACUUAUUCCUCUGGCACAGCAUUUCGCUCGCACUGAAUUGACGCAAACAUGCCGUGACGCUCGAGUUUUGGUCAAUAUCGAUCGACAAGUCCAGGAAGGAUUCAUCCCGCGACGAGACCGUCUCGCAUGUGAGGCACCGGGUUUCGCUUGUCAGGAUGCCCUCGAAGAGCUGGUGCACGAGGGUGUUUUUCGCAAGAUUCUGGGCGACUGAUGUCGCCACUGUCGAGGAUAGCGUUCCCACCGACGCUGCGACUGUGCAGAAUGA